UCACACUUUCAGUUUUGUUUUUAAUUUGUAGCUUGUUAAAAAAUUCAGCCGGCUACUCGAAUCUGGACUUAAAAAGCCCUUAUCAGUACAUAAUAAUUAAGAUUGCAAAAUAACAAAAUGUCUUUCGUGGGACGCACACUUAUUCGCAACGUGCCGCUGCUUGGCAAGGGCAUUUUAAGUCGGCAGAAACAGUUUGCCGCCCGUCUCCUUCAUCAGACUGCUCCCCUGGCUGCAGUUCGCGUCCAGCAACCGGCACCCGAUUUCAAGGGUCUGGCCGUGGUGGACAACAACUUCCAGGAGGUGAAGCUGGAGGACUACAGGGGCAAGUACCUCGUGCUCUUCUUCUACCCACUUGAUUUCACAUUCGUUUGCCCCACGGAAAUCGUUGCAUUUAGCGAGCGGAUCAAGGAGUUCCAUGACAUCAACGCUGAGGUUUUGGGCGUAUCCGUGGAUUCGCAUUUCAGCCACCUGACCUGGUGCAAUGUGGACCGCAAGAACGGCGGCGUUGGCCAGCUCAAGUAUCCGCUCCUCUCCGAUUUGACCAAGAAGAUCUCUGCUGACUACGAUGUGCUACUGGACAAGGAGGGCAUCUCGCUGCGUGGCACCUUCAUCAUCGAUCCCAAUGGCAUCCUGCGCCAGUACUCCAUCAACGACCUGCCCGUGGGCCGUUCCGUUGAUGAGGUACUGCGCCUGAUCAAGGCCUUCCAGUUUGUCGAACAGCACGGAGAGGUGUGCCCGGCCAAUUGGAACCCCAAGACAAACCCGGCCACCAUCAAGCCCGAUGUGGAGGAGUCCAAGAAGUACUUCACCAAGCACGGCUAAGAGGUCCUUUGAUACCUUCUUAACACACCUGAAGAAACAUUCACCACAAACAAAAGACUCCAACUAAUAAAGAGAAUAAUAUUCUA